AUGCAACAGGGGCCUUGGUGUGCUGUUGGAGAUUAUAACAAUGUGGCUAAAAGUCAAGACAAGGUUGGAGGUAAACUGGUUACUGAGGCGGAAUAUGAAGAUCUUCAAGCUAUGAUGGAUGCAACCGGUUUGAGUGAAAUGGACAGCUCUGGGGAAAUUUUUACCUGGACUAAUAAACAGGCAGACAAUCCUAUCUAUUAUAGGAUAGAUAGAAUAUUGGCUAACAUAGACUGGUUCCAAACUCAUAGUGAUGCUAAUCUGACUAUUCUCCCCCCCCCCAUGUAUCUGAUCAUAACAUCCUUUAUUUGUCUGAGCCUCUUCAUGUUAGAAAAAGAAAUCAGUUCAGAUUCAACAACUGCUGGGUGGAUGCAGUGGGUUUUUAUAGUAUUGUGGAAAGAUGAUGGAACCAACCUGCUAGAGGCACUCCAAUGCAGAGGCUGUGGUAUAAAACUUCAUAGGCUUAGACCUCAUCUCUUGAAACUUAAUAAAUUUACUAAUGAUAUUCAAAAGAAUAAACUUGCAGCAAGAGAAAAGUUGGACCAGGCUCAACAGGACCUUAGAAAUAACAUCAUGGAUGCCCCCAGAAUUGAGGAGGUGAAAAGGUUGACUGAUGAAGUGAUCCACUGGAAUGAAAUGGAGGAAAAAAUGUUGAUGCAAAGAUCCAAAAUUGACUGGAUUCGGGCUAGAGAUGGCAAUAAUGCAUUCUUUCAUGCAUAUCUGAAAUCCAGACAAAAUGCUAAAAGAAUUAAAGUUAUCCACAAAGAUGAUGGCACUAUCCUCACUACUCAGAAGGAAAUUACUCAGGAAGUGCUAGCUUUUUAUGGGAAGCUCAUGGGUCAUGAUAGUAUAAGCCUCCAACAUGUUGAUAUUUAUGCUUUAAGAAGAGGAGAUCAUCUCACCAUGGUUCAAAGAGAGGAUUUAGUGAGACCUGUCACUGUUAAAGAGAUUGAAGAUGCUCUAAAUGGAAUUAGUGACUUAAAAUUGCCUGAAGUUGAUGGCUAUAGCUCUAAGUUUUUUAAGUCAUGCUGGAACAUAGUGAAAGAGGAUGUGGUUAAUGCUGCUUAG